AUGCUCAUUUAUAAAAGCACCACAGCUCAUCCUAUAAGUGCUAGUAUGGCAGGUUUUGUGAUGAGUUAUGCUUUGCAAGUUACAACAUCAAUGCGGAUGAUGGUCCGUAUGUCAGCGGAGGUGGAGGCAAACAUUGUGUCGGUGGAGAGGUGUUUCGAGUAUUGCGAGCUUCCUAUGGAAGAAGACGAAAAUGGCGAGUUUCUUGAGUUGCCAGACAAAUGGCCAUCUAGAGGUGAAGUCAGGUUGGAGAAUUACUCCACUCGCUAUGCGAAAGACAUGAACCCCGUUUUGAGAGAUGUAACGAUAUCCAUCAAAUCCGGUGAAAAAGUUGGUGUGGUUGGGCGCACUGGAGCAGGUAAAAGCAGCUUGGUUCUUGCUCUCUUCCGAAUACUACCGGCGAUACAAGGGCGUAUUGAAAUUGACGAGCUAGAUAUUUCUCACUUGAGGCUAUUUGAUCUUCGUCACAACUUGAGUAUUAUCCCUCAAGAUGCACAUUUAUUUGAAGGGACAAUCAGACAGAACCUAGAUCCCUUCGGUGAAUUUACGGACGAACAGCUUUGGAGAGCUCUUGAACAUUGCAGUCUUGCCGAAUUUGUAAGAAAUAUUCACGGAAAUCUUGGUUUGGAAAGCAGGGUUAGUGAAAGUGGGUGCAAUUUCUCAGCGGGCCAGCGACAGUUGAUGUGUCUAGGCCGAGCUCUUCUUAGCACAUCCAAAAUAUUGAUGCUUGAUGAAGCGACAGCUGCAGUGGACGUUCAAACUGAUAAAAUCAUUCAAGCUACAAUCCGAAAAGAGUUCAAAGACAAAACCAUUAUCACCAUUGCACACCGGCUCGAUACCGUUAUGGAUAGUGACCGUAUCUUGGCUCUUGACCAAGGGCAAGUGUCUGAGUUUGAUACUCCUGCUAAUCUUUUGCAAGAUGAAAAUAGCGUAUUCUACAACUUGUGCAAACAAGGAUCGUAUAUAUAG